AUGGAUAUUUUACCGGUUGUGAACAUAUAUAAUAGAUGUAAUAGAGUAUGUAGAUGUAAAGGAGGCAAAUACUUAACCGCAAAAGCGGGAACGGUAGGAAAUACGGAUUUUAGAUAUUGCACUCAUAAAGCCAAACCAACUGUUAAGAUUUCAGGUGCUACUUGGAAAAGUAUAGAAAUAGAAAGAGUAGGGUAUGCUCACCCAUUUGAUCUGGCAGAUUCCAUAACCACGUAUUUCCACUCUAGAUUCGAUGGUAAACAAGGUUUUAUCAAGAAGCCUCUCCUCAUAAGGGUUAGAGAUAGUGCAGGAAAAACACAUUGGUUUGAAAAUGUUGGACAUUAUGCUAAUAAGAAAUGGAAAAGGAUUGAUAGAGAGGCAUGGUAUGGCAGUUAUCCUGAAAAUGACAAAUAUAGCUCAAAGAAUGAUUUUACAGAUAAGUUAAAGAAAAUUUCAUGCAGAUUAUUUGUAUCUCAUGCUGUAAGGAUAAACUCUGAUGGGAAUAAUCAGAAUGAUUAUCAAUGUCCAAUAUGUAACCAACCAGUUAAUGUCACAGUUAAAAAUGACAUUCCGUCAAAGAUACUUGGAUAUACCAAGUAUGAAUUUACUGGAACACUUUCAGAUAAGUCCAUACUGGCAUACAAAGAUAACCAGAUUACCUACAGGAGACAAAACAAAGGAUUCCCAGGCUAUUACCUUCCAAUACAACUUGAGGAAUAUAAUGUUAAGAGUGUUAACGUUUACUACUGGGAUGGUGACAUUCAACGGGAAAAUCCACUUCUAAUCGAGGUGGAACUAAACAAUGGAAUCUCAUACUGGUUUGAGAAUAUAACAAAUGAUGUAAAACAUGAUAAAUGGAAACCAAUCUGGAAAAUAGGAUCCCAUGAAUACAUUGAUUAUAUUUCAAAGAUUAAGGAGAAACUCAGUGUUCUGAACUGCAUAUAUAACAAAACGGUGCAGAUAAAUAUUGGGGAGAAGAAAAACUGUCACGAAUCAAAACAUUAUUUACACAAGAAUAGAAUACGCUAUGGGUAUAGUGAGGCUAUCGGCACAGAUCCUGUUCUUUAUGCGUAUAGAUACGGACCAAGUCUAAGCUCUGAAGAAACGCCUUUCAACAUAUCUGAGGUUGUCGUUAAUGGCUUACCACAAAGCUUCAAGGAGAAGCCUCUGCCAUCUAGGAGUGUUACUAAUUUUAUGACAUUUGUGUCACCAUGCGACAAGGACAAACCAUUUCUUAUUUGUGUAGAAACUGGUUCUAGUGUUAAAGCCAGGAGUGGAAAAAACUAUGCAUGGUACUAUAGAAAAACAAAUGGGAAUGACUGGAGGGUGUACCCCAAAUUUACUUGCCAGUCUCCUGAAAAUGUUAUAUACGGACUUAAAGACCUGUUGGAAAGUGCUAGAGCUACUCUAGGUUUGAGACCAUGUCACAUGGAGACUUCUGCGGAUGGUGUUCAGCUUGACAUUACAAAAAUUCCAGAACAAGGAAAAAACUUCCGUGAAUAUCGUGAUGACUCUAAUCCAAAAAAGAAAGUUCCAAUUUUUGUUACAAAGUCUAAGGAUACUCCUUUAGCCAACUUUUUCAAGAAUUCCCACAGGCCAGCUACUAAUAAGAGAUUUUUUGUUGUACAGCAGCAUUUAGUUGGUGGAGAUAAAAUAGGAUCAAGUAAAAAGAUAUCUGCUAUAGAGACCUUUAAUGUAUACUUUUGGGAAGGAAAUACCACUAGGCCUAUAAUUAUUGAAGUUAAAAGGAACGGUGAACCAGAUACAAGGUACUAUGGUAAAGGAGACAGUGUAGGUUCAUCCUGGCUAUCUGGUAGUAACCAGGGAAGAAGUUUAUUACAGUCUUUGGAUCACUGGAAUUGUGAGAAUAACAAUGCUAUUCCUAUAGAGCUAACAGAACCAACAAAUCUUACAAGUUUCUAUGGUAAAAAAGGAUCUACCUGUUUACAAAAUAACUUUAUAACUUUGCAUGGAUCACUAUCCCUUCCAAAAGAUGCAGAAAGGAUUUAUGAAGCAACAUCCUAUAAUGUUAAUGUCGGUAAAAGAAUUUCUAGACUUACUUAUGAUAAUAAUCCCACUAAUAUUGUCCCCUUAUAUGACUACGGGAUAACCUUGAAUAUUUACCAUUGGACUAAAAGCUCUAGAGUACCUCUUCUGGUUGAGUUUAAGCCAAAGGAUGGAGGACAAUCUGAUUGGUAUGAAAAUCUCAGUAGAGAGAGUACUAAAUGGAAACCAGUUGGUAAGAAAGAAGUGGAUGGAUUUUAUGAUAAUAAAAAGGGCCUUACCGAGAAUUUAACCAAGAAGCUUCAUGAGGUUAACUGCAGAAUACAUGGUGUUAUUCAAAUAGAUGUAUCUAGGACAACCAAAGAGCCUUAUUGUCAUAGUUCUGGAUAUGUACAUGAGAAGAUGAUUAUGGUUACUUCAGAGCCAAAGUCCGCAUAUCCAGGUUUCACGGGUUACGAACAUACUCCAGUUGACCCCCUUAAGGCUUUGACAGUAUCUUCAUUUUACAAUGGAAACGAUAAACAAGAAGUUACUGACAUAGACUUUCCUCUUGAAAAUGUUGAAAAGGUCAUCGUAUAUUUCCCAAAUUGUGCGGGAGGAUAUCCAGUUGCAAUGCGCAUCUACCAGGACGGAAGAAAUGAAAAGUGGUUAAAGAGAGAAGAGAAUGAUAAUUGGAGAAAAUCUACCACUGAGUUUGAAAAUAAAGAUGGAGUAGAGACUAAAAUCCUUCUAGAUGGUAUCAAAAAUAGUACAAAUGCGUGCACUCAACCUCCUUUGCAAACUCCCCGAGGACCUAAUCCAGGAGGAACUAGUAGUUCUGGUCAACAAUUUUAUACGAGUAAUAAUGAUACACAAGGAGUUUCUGAACCCUUUGUAGAUGUUCCAGAUGAGAAGUUUGCCUUGGAUAAAAUAUUUGAUAGUUUUGUUAACCUGGACUAUGAACAAAACAGUUUUGGCGAUUUUGUCAGACUAGACGAUGAACAUGAAGAUCAGAGAAUUGUAGAAGAACAGAAUAGAGUUACUUUUGUUAGUGUAUCUGCGUCAAUCCCGUCAGUUACUACUUUUACAACUCCUGGUGUUGGUGCUAUUACUCUACUUCCAACGCCUAAUGUUAUAAUUGACAUAAAUAUGGAUAUUAAAGGGGAUAAUUAUACUUAUACAGUAAAGAACAGUGGUGAAGUUUGUUUACAGAAGGGAGAGUAUCCAGAUAUAUCUGACUUCUAUAUGUUUACACAUGAAGCAUCUGAUGAUAUUCCUUUCAAGGUUGACGAAGUAAUAUUUGGAUCAAGCGGUGAUAUUCCAGAUAUUAUACCAAAGGAGAAAGUGGCUAGUUACUCCGUGUGGUAUUGGAAACAUGAUAACGGAAUGAAAAACCCACUCAUCAUUGAGAUAGCAAAUAGUGCUGGAAAGUAUAAAUACGACUCUAGCAAAGACAACUGGAAAAGUUGGAGCGGUGCCCAAGAAAAGAAUAAACUGGAAGGUGAAGAACUAGAGAAGGAAUUGGAUGACGUCAAUUGUCGACUCAACAAAGUGGUUACCAUGGAUCUAUCAUCAGGAACUAGGGACAAUGGAUCAUAUUGUUGUGGUAAGGUUGGAGUCGAUUUCAGGUCUAUUCAAAUAGGCAAUUCCAGUAUAUUAACCUACUACGUUCAUUCCAUUAAAGGAACAACGAAUAGACUUGCCAAGAUAAAGUACUAUAUUGCCAAUGACCCCAAUAGAAAACGUAUAAAUUCUAAUGAAUUAAAAUUCCCAAUCUCUGGUGUAAAGAGUGUCUCUGUAUUUUACUGUCAAGAUAAACCAGCACCAAUAUAUAUAGAUCCUCAAGGGGGUCAACCUAAAUCAGACUUUAAGGGGUGGUAUAAAAGAGGGAAUGAUGACGAAGCUCAAUGGAUAAAUGUAUCUACUGAUCUAUCUAAUGUAACACCAAAUAAUGUUGGGAAUAACUGUGAUAGUUUCAAUAAAAUUACAAAGAUACUAAGAACAGUCGGGUGUAAGCAACUGGUAGACUGCUACACGAGUCCUAGCACUGUAGAUUAUGGUGGUUCAACAGUUGUAGUCCCUGUAGUUCUACCUGAUUCACAAGUAACCAUUUAUCUCUCAAAAAACAAAAAGGUAAAGAGUGACGGUACUACUCAUUACUACCAAGAUUCUACUGGAAAGAAAAGCAUUAGUGUUAAAAGAUCUCCAUAUCCUACUGAACAGGGAUAUAGUGCAAACUUCUACGACUACAAACAUAAGCUUGAAAAUGGUGGGGAAAAGUUCAUACUCUUAGAAGUAAAGAGUGAUGACGGUAGUAAUAUUCCUGUUAUAGGUAGGACUGAGAAUGUCACCUCAGUUUCUGCUUAUUACUGGAGGCAUGAGUUAGAUAAUGCUCUCUUGGUAGGGAUUACUACUAAGGAUGGUAAUACGGCUACAUACUAUAGGAACAGUAAGGAUGGUAAGUGGCAACAGUAUAAACUUAGGGCAUCUUCUGGUCAUCCUAGUCAGGCUGAGUUAGAGUUGCUCAAUUGUGAAAUAAAUGACGUUGUUCAAAUAGAUGUUAGUAAGAUUGCUGAUUAUUGCCACGAACCUCUAGAUCCCAAAGAUUACCAUACUAAUAAGAAAGUAAAGGUUGUUAAAGUAGAUGAUCAUGGUCACCUUGGAAACUAUACUGCUUAUGAACAUACUCCAAAUCCAUCUGGAACAUUUAACAUUUCUGCAUUCAAUAAUGGAGGUACUCCUACAACUCUUAGUGGUUUGAGCUCAGGUUUGCCAAUUAGAAAUACUUCUAAAGUUACAAUAUUUAUCUGUCGGAACAGUUCAGAGCCGCUUCUUAUCCACAUGGAAGCCCUUAAUAUUUCAAGGAAAUGGUUUAAGAGAGCGAACAGCACUGGUUUGAUUGUAUCAUACGAACUAAAUGCCACUAUUCUCUCUGAUUCUCCAAAAAUACUAAACAUUCUUGAUACCCUUGACAGCACCUGUAAACCACCUUUAGUAACUAUAAACAUUUACAAUAGACCUAGUGCUGGACAAUCUACUACUUAUGGAGGUGCUUCUUACGCUAUAGCAAUUGGACACUGCGAUGGUUCUAUUCCAGAUUUCACUGAAUAUUCCCACACUGUAUAUGGUAGGAACUACUUUACACUCAAACAGGUGAACUAUAAUGAUAAACCUACUACUGGAAUUGUAAGUAGUCCUAUGUCUAGGGUUACUAAAGUAUCUGUUUAUUACUGGACUUCCCUAGAAACUUAUAGUAAGGAUACUAGUAGACCGCUUCUCGUCAAAGUUACUACUAAAGAACCAGGUGAAGAAGCUAAAGAAACCUACUAUGAGAAUGAAGGUCUUCCUAAUAAUACAGAAUGGAAGGAAUGGCGCCCAAACGAUCCGUCUUAUGAUCUUACAAAGAAACUUCAUCUUCUAAACUGCAAACUCAAUAGUGUAGUCAUCGUAGAUAUUAGUCAGAAGAAUGAUUAUGAUGCCUGUGUUAAGGAUAAUAAUCUGGAUCCUUAUCAUGGUGAAAGAAUGCAAGUUACUAAGAAUAAUACUUCCGGUAGUGAAAACCCUCUUGGAAGUUAUGAAGUUUAUGAGCACUUUCUCAAAACAGGUACCAAUGGGAAUAAGUUUCACAUAGUAUCUUUUAAGAAUGGGAAUUCUGACAUAAUACUACCUUUAAUUGGAGAAACUACUCUCACUAGACACAUUCUUGAUGUUGGCGAGAUUAAGGUAUAUCGGUGUGAUAGUGAUGAUAAGUCUCUUAUGGUAUACAUAAACACUGACGAUCCUACUGUUAAACAUAAAUGGUAUAAGAAUACGACUGGAGAAAUUCCUGGUAAUUGGGUACAUAUAGAUAAGUUAUCUAGUACUGCUCAGCAUGAAGAGGUCAAAAAGGCACUUGACACCAUUGAUAGUAGAUGUAAACCUCCUGAAGGUGAACAUGCUACUGCUGGAACUGCUCCUCAUGAUGGUGAACAAUCUGCUCAACCUAAAGAUCCUGUUCCUGAAGCUACUGCUGAAUCUCUUACUGGUCCUACCGUUGCUGCUACUAUAGGAUCAUGGGCUAUCUUUGGAGGCUCUACCUCUGGUACUCUUGCCGGGGCUGGAGGUCUUACUGGACUUGGUUGGUGGGCAUUUAAACGUUCUAAAGGAGACCCUUGGGUUAGGCAAAUAUGA